GAGAAUGUCCAAGCCCAAAUUUCACAAGGAGAAAACAGUCACUGUCAUUAUAAUGCUUUGCACACAGGUGAAGCUUGAUGAAAGUGUGGCAGUGAAGCUUUCUCAGUUCCCUGCCCUCAGUAUCUAGGGUUUUUGUUUGCAUGUUUUGAUACGGUGAGCUGCUCUUAAUUAUGACUUUGUCAUAAGCAUACCUCUGACCACAUGGUCAUUUUGAGCUCCUCUUCUUCCAGUGGCUUGCAUAAGCAAGUCUGAAUAAAAUACAGCACCUCCCCCAGAACUGCAAUGGCUGUGCUGCUGCUUUCUGAUCCUUGCUCUUACCUGUGGUUUUCCCUUACAGAGCACAGUUCUCUCUCAGGGCCCAAGUCUGUGGGGGUGUCUUCUGCCACAGAACUGCUCACCCUGGAGGAGGCAUGGGCACAGAGGCAAGGCCACAGCAGCUCUCCUGUUGUGACAGAGAGCAGGGACAUAGAAGUGGAAGAAGGCUUUGCAACUUUACCAGGGAAAUUCCACACUGUCAUCAACUUUCCAUCUGAAAGACAAAGUCCACCCAGCAAGAUGAAGGAAUCACCAGCUGGAAGUUGGUGUUCCUGCUUCAGCCUGGGAAAACCAUCUUCUGUGGCCAAAUGCCAACAGCAGCGCAAUGCCAGGGAGCCCUCAGAAACAGAAGUUGUAGUGCUGGCAGGUGAAUCGAGCCCUUGUCAACCCAGAAGAGCCAGAGCAAGUAGCGAUGAUAGGCUGUGUGCUUCCAUCAGUGGAGAGCUUUUAGGAAGCACGAAUUGCUGUGGUUCAGUUGACAGCCUUCAGCAUAACUGCAGUGACAGACACAAGGAGCUCAUCCAAGUUCAAGCCCUCAUUUCUCCCGGCUCUGCUGAAGAUGCUGACCUCAGCCUGCCAGACACAACAGUCACCAGCCUGGACUGUGACCCAGUGCCUCUGCAGAGCAGCCCAGCCCAAGCACAGUCCGAGUGCCCCGACAGCAGCACCUCCAUGCAGGAGCAGGUCAGCAUCAGCGAGGAGAAGCAGAGCCUCUUGGAGGGGGACUUAGAAUCAGGCCUCCAGUCCCAGGCACCAGGCAGCAGCACGAGGUCUGAGCCACUCUCUCCAUGACCUUUCCCUCCAAGGGAGUAUGAGUCCCAUCUUUACAUGGACCUCUCACGCCCUCCUGUCUUUGACAUAAUAAAAAAGCACACUUGUGCUCACUCAACGUCUUGACUGCCUGUGGAGUCUUCAUUCACAGGGAUUGGAAUGAAUGCAACAAACAGCAAGGCAUUUCAGCUUGCAAUGCUAUGGCUAUGGGGUGCAUGAAGCAGAGCUUUGGGUUUGUUCCUGUUUUGUCUGGCUUUGGGAUCCAUCAGGGUGCUCUGGCUGUUGUGGUUUCGUGAUUUUUCCACAUUAGAACAUCAUGUGGACCAGUGGGAGUUAACAAGUUAAUGUUCUGGUUCCGUUUACUGUUGUGGGCUCUUUGAGUAUCCUGAUGGGAGGGGAGGGGGCAGCAUCCCUGGAGGAGUUGGCGGGCAGAGGCAGUGGGCUGGAGCUGUGGACAGGACCCGGAGUGGCUGCCUCUCCCUGUCUGGCCCGGCUCAGCCGUCUCAGCUCGCUGUGGAGAAAGCAUGUGCUUUCCCUCACACUAUCGUAGUUUGACUCUUUUUUUUUUUUUUUUUUUUUUGAUACUCUUGUCUCUCUCGUUUUGUUUGAUUUAGUUAGAUUCAGUAAAUUACCCUUUCUCCUCAGAUUGUUGCCGUUGUGUUUUCUUUUUGUUAAAACUAUCUGCUAGCUCUCUGCCCUUCCCCCACUCCCAGAGCGCACGGUCCAGGGCUGGCCAGGUUGCAGCAUCAGGGCUGGCCAGGUUGCAGCAUACCAUUCGUACCUUGUUUUCCCCUCUCUUCUUCCUGGGGCCUAUGCCCCCAUGUCAUGGACUUAUAUCUAAGGAUAACCUGUGACACUGGCACAGGAUGUGCCUCUAACCCAAAGCUUCUUCCCACCCUCUGAAGAAAAUGCAAACCAAACGCACUGUCACCAGCACAACCCCACAGCAGUCAGCAGGGAAUUCAAACAGCUUUACGCUGCUCCCCUUCACUCCCAUCCUAACUGUGUGCACAUGGAUAGGCGGAAGGAUGGGGUUGCAGGUUGACCUCUGCUGAGGUGAGAGAGGGCUCACCGUGUUGUACCGUGGUAGAUUUGUUCAUGUUCAGUGCUAAUAGGAAACUCACACAACACUGAAGGUGUUGCAAAAGUCUGGCAGGUAAUGUCAGUUGCUGUUUUACCACUGAUGCUGUCACUCCAUUGUAUAAGGCCACCAAAUUGACCAGGCUGCAUGUCUCUGCUUCCACUCUUUCUGCAUUUCCUUCUUGUUGCUAUAUGUUUCCCAAAGCAAAAGAAUUUGGAGGUAACCACCUACAGUUAAGUGAAAGAUUUCAGCAUCUAUUUCUAUCAUGGCAAUAACUUCAGAGGUCACACAAUGUACGGUGCCUGUUUUAACUCUGACCAAGGUUGCAGUUGCAGCUGUCUUCCCAAUGCUGCAAUACGUGGUGGUGACUCAGCCUUGGGCUUCUGCAUUUAUGCAGAAGACAAAGGGAGCUUUCUUCAUGACAGCACCACCAGUUACUUGAUUCAGAUGUAUAACUAUUAAGAAGAUGGUGAAGAACAGAUCCAUCUCGAAGACAUGCUAGAUCACAUGAGGAAUGAGCAUGUGAUCCAAGUCAGCCAGCACAG